UUCGCCCUGCCCAUUCUCGUCGGCCGUCCAUGUGCAGAUCUCCGUGCUCAGCAGCGAGUCUGUAGAUAUACACAUUCCCUCUUUGCACCUGUCUCUCCAUCCGCCCUGGGUCUCCGCCCCUCGCGAGCGCCAGACGCCCGUUCGAUUUAGAAGGGGGUUGCUAGUCAAGCCAUCACGCUCUUCAGCUGCUCACGGAUUCUGAACUGCCUCCAACACAUCAGAUUCACUCGUUUCGAUAGUGGCGGACUGCCUUACAAUCCCGCGUCGCCUCUGGCAGCCGUCGAUCCUGCCUUUCUGUUCAACGAAACACAACCCAUUCUCCGAGUUGCCCUGACCGACAAUCACGACUUUGAGUAGUCGUGGGUUGAUGGAGGGCCAGUCCUCUGCUGGUAAUUCUCAGUAUCAAUAUCAGUCGGCACAGUGGUCGCGACUCGUUCGGCGCAAUACGCUUGCAGACGCUGUCCCCAAUAUCUCGCCGAGUCUCGCUGGAUCACAACUCUCCGCACCCCUGGACCUCCUCCCAAUCUUACUGCCACAACACUCGUCCUACCACCAAGCACAACUCGCUCAGUACAACAGACUUAUUACGUCUAGCAGAACAACUCGACUUCAAUCUCCACCGCUUCCUCCUCUCCUGUCUGCGCAACAUAUCCAGGCUGUGCCUGGCUCGCGAUCUAGCUCUGGUGGCGGCAACACGGCAAGGAACAACAAAGCUUCGUCUCGGGGCGGUCAUGGGAAUAAGGAGUCACGUAAAUCUAGUAAAGGCGAGCGCGCGCUCAUAACAGAGAAGGAAAAAGCUGCUACGAUGCCAGCCAAGAAAUUGGAGUCGUCGAACCAGCUGCCGAGUCGACCCCGUGCACAACACCAAAAUUCCACCACUACUCAACAAUCAAGCUCAGUACCCUCUACCCCACAUCAACACGCUAGGAAAUUCUCGUUCGAGUCCCGAGAACCCUCCCCGAAUGCCACCAACAACCAUUCUCCUCGCUCUGCGUACUCCGAAUCCAACAUCACACUUCCCUCUUCGAGACCACUCCACAUACCCCGAGGAGGCUGCCGCUAUGAGACUGCCAUGGCCCAUACAAAGAGGCGGAUGCCUUACAGUCUGGGGAGUGAGAAGUUGGAAAAGUUGAACCCGAAAGAUGUCAAGAGCAAGCUUUCGGAGGAUGAAGAAAGAAAACUAUCAACAGAUAUGCGCGAGCUGUACGAUCGGUUAUUACCGACUCCAGAAAGUGAAGAAAGGAGGGAGAAACUUGUUCAGAAGCUCGAGAAGUUAUUCAACGACGAGUGGCCGGGGCACAACAUACGGGUUCAUGUAUUUGGAUCCUCUGGCAAUCUACUUUGCACAGAUGAAUCAGACGUUGACAUAUGCAUAACUACGGACUGGAAGGAGAUGGAGGGCGUCUGUAUCAUUGCAGACCUCUUAGCCAAGAAUGGGAUGGAGAGAGUGAUAUGUGUCUCUACUGCAAAGGUUCCAAUUGUUAAGAUCUGGGACCCAGAGCUGCGAUUGGCCUGCGAUAUGAACGUCAAUAAUACUCUUGCGUUGGAGAACACUCGAAUGAUCAAGACAUACGUUCAGAUCGAUCCUCGCGUACGGCCUUUGGCUAUGAUCAUCAAGCAUUGGACAAAGAAAAGGAUAGUGAAUGAUGCAGCUUUUGGCGGGACUCUCAGCUCAUACACUUGGAUAUGCAUGAUUAUCAACUUCCUACAAAGUCGACCUCCUCCUGUCCUUCCAGCCCUUCACCAACGACCGCACAUGAAACUCCCGACCAAGGAUGGAGUCGAAAGCGCGUUUGCAGACGAUAUUGAUGCAUUGAAGAACUUUGGCAAGAAGAAUAAAGAAACGCUUGGGGAACUUCUGUUCCAAUUCUUUCGAUUCUACGGGCACGAGUUCGAUUAUGAUAAGCUUGUAAUUUCAGUUCGGAGCGGGAAACAGAUCUCAAAGGUUGACAAGAAAUGGCAUGUUACUAACAACAACAGACUUUGCGUUGAAGAGCCUUUCAACGUUGAGAGGAAUCUAGGAAACACUGCUGACGACAUAUCUUUCCGAGGUCUGCAUAUGGAGCUGAGGAGAGCCUUUGACUUGGUGUCACAAGCUAAACUUGAGGAGUGCUGCGAGCAAUAUUCCUACCCCAAAGAAGAGGAGCGAGUGUGGGAGAAGCCGCCGUCGAGGCCUAAACCGGUUCUGAGAAGUACAUCACAGUCAAAUAGAGGGCGAGGUGGUACACACCGCGGGGGGAGACACAACAACAACAACCGCAAUGGAAACAGCAAUCGUAGAGCUUCUAGUGGAGCAUUCGACCACAACUCUUCUUACGUCUCAGGUGGUUUGCCUCAGAACAUGUCCGCACAAGAGGCUUGGCUCCAACGACAGGCUCAAGCACAGCUACACAAUGAUCUUUACGCGACCUACUCUGUCUUACAAGCGCAGGAGAAUAGCUUGCGGUUACAAUUAUAUACUCAGUCACUCCAGGCGCAACAGAGUCAAGCUUACGUUCAGGCUCAGGGCAGUGGCGGCCCAAUCAAACAGCAGGCCACGGAUCGCAAUCGCACCAAUUCGUUCGAUCAGCCACCUCUCACAGCGCCCGUUCGUUCGGACAUGUUCUUCUACCCUUUGCACUACCAGGGACAGCCGAUUUAUGGAUACCAAACACCGAGCACGAACCCCUCAUCGCCUUCUCUGAGCAAUGCUGUUCCUGAGUUGAGACGAAGCAUGCACAGAUCAAGCGUCACAAACGGUUCGGGCAAUGGGGGAGGGCCGCCCAACAGUUCGUUACGGUCGCAUUCUCAACCUGCUGCUCGAUCAGUUCCAUCACCACUCGCCUUCCAGGGAGGUGGCAUGGUAAACCAGGGACUUGGGAUCUACCAAUCACUACGGCAGGCUCAUGGGGUUCCGAUUCCUAACUUCAUUGCGGAUGAAAAUUUGGAAUCGGGUUUUGAGUCCGGGCCUGGUUCUGUCGUGACAACCCCGCCUGAAGAUACUACACCGAAGGAAUACGUUGGCUACUAUGUUAAUGAUCAUGCGCCAAGUCCUAUGAGAAGGCAGCCGGCCAUGUCGAUGACAAUCCCAUCAAUUCCGGCUUUCGGUGAUAUUGGACAGUCUAGACGCCGUUUAUCGACAGAUCAGCUACCCCAGUCCAUUCUGGAUAGGCUAAAGCGACCUUCUAGAUCACCUUCGCCUCUUGGGCACGACCGAUCGUAUUCUACCGGCGCGCACUCUGCACCUCUUACCGCGGUUCAAUCCCUGCAAGGAAUCUCAAGCUCCAACCUUCGUGCAUUGAACAGUCAAGCACCAUUGGUGGUCAAUGGUUCCAAUCCAGCACCGGUUUCGAUUGCUCAUUGGCAAGCUGCUGUUAGUGAAAACUCUCCUACAGAUGACCAGGGUAGCGAUAUAGUCGGGGGGUCUAUGGACUCAACAUCACAGGGGAGCGAGUUGUAUGGCGAGCAGGUCGGUACGGUUCAACAAACCCCAAGAGAUUCUCGAAUGGAAAGCCGAAAUGAUAUGCUGGUGGUGGCGAAUGGGUCAACCUCAGUGACGAGCGAUUCGACGAUUUUGGCUAAUCCAUCUGCUCCAAAUGGCAUCCUUACACAUUCAACUUCUGUACCAAAUGGUUUGCUGCCAGCAGAGCAGCUGAACGGAACGCUUCGACUUUCGCCAAAUACUCGAAAUCGGUUAGCACGUCAGGCUCAGAAUGGGGGUAUGUCUCCUCUGGAUAUCAGUACUGGUCAAAAUGAGCAUAUCCGAGACGAUUUGCCUCAUUUGUCUCCCGUGUACGAAACUCGGACCCCAUCGCCGACAGCAAACCGAAAGUUUGAGCCAGGAAUGGACCGAAAAGCUAAUGGGUUUACCUCCAAUUCGACAGAUGAGAAGCAGCAAAAUUUCAAGGCACUCCAGAGAUCAGGAACUCCUGCUGGCAACCAGUCCAACCAGUCUCCAACAACGUCGAAGUCCAACGGCCACACGAGAUCAGCGAAGAGUGAAAGUGCUGCAACCGGUAGCUGGCAGAAGAUUCCCAAGGGCAAAAAGAAGAGUGCUGGUACAGAUGCGAAGAGUAAUGGAAACGGACAACCCUUCAGCGAAAAACUUCCAAGCAAUAACUCCGAACGAAAGGGUGGGUAAGCGACCGCGGUCGUGCAGAGGACACAGCGCCGGCUUCGAGACUAGGCGAGGGAAAAGCAAAGUCGUGUCCGGAGCCAGUGAAGGAGUACAGUGCUCGAAUCCCAAGCAUGAAAACACCAGUUUCCAAGCUCCUCUGUGGACGGGAAAUCCCUCAGCAUCUGGUCCCAACC